CGGCGGUUGGGAGCGGGAUGGCGGCGCUGCAGCGCUGUGUGCCUGUGGUCCGGGCCGGAGUCAGGCUCCGGCGGCUGGUGCCACACUCGGCGCUGCAUUCCUUCGGGGUGACGGCCGGUAAAGACCCUGACCACAGCCCGAAUCGAGGGCCGGGCUGGCAGUGUUACGGCGCGGUGUGCCUGCAGCGGGCGGCCGUCCUGUCGCGGGAAAUGAACCCGACGGAGAGCGCGUUCGCGCAGCUGCUGGGACAGGUAGAAUUGGAGAAAAGUGUAUACUCUGAUCAUGAGCUCCGAGUCUUUGAAGAUGAAGAAAAACUUCGUUGGAGACAGGCAGAUGAUUAUGAUUCGGAAGAAGAAGAGGAUGUUGGCCAAGAUCUUGUGACUGCUCAAGAUCUGGAAGAUAUGUGGGAACAGAAGUUCCGACAGUUUAGAGCUGCUGAGAGAAUACAAGAAGCUGACAAGAAGAAUGACAGAUCUACAUUGAACAGGCAACUGGAUAAGAAACUGAUAUUACUGGUAAAAGAAAAAGUGGGAGAUGAAGAGAUUUGGUUGCUGCCACAGAGUGAAUGGAAGCCGGGGGAAACCAUGAGGCAGACUGCAGAACGUGCCCUGUCUACAGUAUCUGGAAAUGAAUUACACGCUGUUUUUCUGGGCAAUGCUCCGGCUGGCUUCUAUAAAUACAAGUAUCCUAAGGACUUGCGAAAUUCCAGCAUUGUGGGGGCCAAAGUGUUUUUCUUUAAAGCUUUGCUGAUGAAUGGAGAUCUCAAGACCAGAAGGAAGGGUGACUAUGUAUGGGUAACUAAGAGUGAACUGAAAGACUAUCUCAAACCAAAAUACUUGCAGCAAGUUAAUCGCUUCACCUUUGACACCUCAACAAUGUAUGAAUAAAAGUUUAUUUUGUUAUAAUGGAAUCAUUGUAAAAAUUAAAUUAUGUGAUGGAUUUAA